GAGAGAAACAUUCAAAGAGAAACAAAAAAAAAAUUGAAGAAACAAUCGAGCCCUGAGCUUUGCAUAUGGAGCAAUUCUACUAUGAACCCUAGUUUCUGAGGCGCAUUAUCGGAUUGAGAGGGCUAAAAGCUCUCAAUUAUUGUGUUUCGCUAGCCGCACAGUGACCUAUCGAUCUAACUUGUAGCAUUGAUAAUGGAAUUUUUGGAGUUUGUGGCUCAAUGGCAUUCUGGGACGGAGCUCCAUGUCUGGAAGAAGGUGUGUUUAAUCAGUUUCUCCACCUUUUACAUACCUAACUUAUGGAAAUAUGGAAGAAACAUUUUUACAAACACUUGGUGUGCAUAAUCGUUUACUGCUGAUUUGCUGUUCAAAUGUUCUUCAUCCAUAUCUCCAAUUGAUGUAAGCAACAAGAUUUGAGUAUGAUAUGGGGAAUAUUGGGUGGUGGUUACAGCUAAAGCGGAAGAUCUAGGAAGAGAAAACGCGACAAAUUUUUGUAAAAUAACACCAUGUUGGCUUUGUUUAUAGUGAUCAAAUCCUGGAGGUUUAGAUACUCUGGUAUUUAACAUAGAUAUUGAGGAAUAUUUUCCUGUGUUUGGUGUGAAAAAUCUGAUGUUCGUUUGAGCCUUUAAUGAUCUAAUGAAAGAUUGGUUUUCCAUUGAUGAUUUAGUGAUUCAGAUACUUUGGAACUUUACAGAGAAACAAACAGACCCUUUCAAUUUUAAAAAAAAAAUAUAUGAAGAAAACCCCUUCUGUUUAAGCAAAAGCUCCUUAAAAUAAGGCAUUAUUCUGCCCUCGUGUUCCUUCUUCUUUUGGUUUGAAAAUGGUGGCUUAAGAUGAGGUAUUAUCUUACAAAGGGUGAGAGGGGAGUGGAGGAAGCAUCCUGUAAGUUUCACACGAGAUCUAAAAUAUGGGGUUUGACAAAUGAUAUGGAGUUGUGGUCUUAGACAGAACACUAAACACUUAUUUUAUUCAAUCUCUUAACUACCUGUAAGCCAUAUUUUAGAAUUGAAUUGAAUUGAAUUUUGUAUUAAAUAAAGGGUCCAGAGAGAGAGAGAGAGAGGGAAGAGGACAAGAUUUAAUUUACUAUCUUAACUAGUUGUAAUGUCCAAUGAGGCUAUAUAUGAUGAUAAGAUCUCACUCAUAUGUUACUCAAAGGGAGAUACAUGCCAGCACUUUCUUCUGCUUUCUGAUUAUUCUCUUCCCCACAUCCAAGCACCACUCACCCCCUUCUCCUUCUGACAAUAUUUCCAUUUCAGCGUGCAUCAAUCAUAUAUAUAUUUCUUCUUUGGAACUUCUCUGUUCCUAUUUAUACCCAGAAUGUGGCUUCUUUUGAUUGGAGCUAUUGUUGUUGUAAGUUUUACACACUGGCUUUAUAGAUGGAGAAAUCCCAAAUGUAAUGGAAAACUUCCACCAGGUUCAAUGGGGUUUCCUCUACUUGGUGAAACCCUGCAGUUCUUUGCUCCCAAUACCUCCUCUGAUAUUCCUCCUUUCGUCAGAAACAGAAUGGAUAGGUAUGGACCGAUAUUCCGAACGAGUUUGGUGGGAAGACCGUUGAUUGUCUCGACAGACCCUGACUUGAAUUACUAUAUCUUUCAAGAAGAGGGACAAUUGUUCCAGAGCUGGUAUCCUGAUACCUUCACAGAGAUAUUUGGAAGGCAAAAUGUUGGUUCGCUGCACGGUUUCAUGUAUAAAUAUCUUAAGAACAUGGUUCUUCAUCUUUUUGGCCCUGAAAGUCUGAGAAAGAUGAUACCUGAAGUUGAGGCUGUAGCAAAUCAAAGAUUGAGACAAUGGUCAUCUCAAAACUCAGUUGAAUUGAAGGAUAAUACUGCAAGUAUGAUUUUUCAUCUGACUGCAAAGAAGCUGAUUAGUUAUGAUUCAGAAAAUUCUUCGGAGAAUUUGAGAGAGAACUUUGUUGCAUUCAUACAGGGCUUGAUCUCCUUCCCUCUAAAUGUUCCCGGAACUGCUUAUAACAAAUGCUUACAGGGCCGGAAAAGAGCAAUGAGGAUGCUGAAGAACAUGUUACAAGAAAGGCGAGCAAAUCCAAGGAAACAACAAAUAGAUUUUUUUGAUUUUGUUCUUGAAGAACUGGAGAAAGAUGGAACUCUUCUCACUGAGGAAAUUGCUUUGGACCUUAUGUUUGUACUACUUUUUGCAAGCUUUGAAACUACUUCACUUGCUAUUACAGCAGCCAUCAAAUUUCUCCUCAACAAUCCUCAUGUGCUAGAGGAGCUGAUGGCUGAACAUGAGGGAAUAUUGAAGAGAAGGGAAAAUGCACAUUCUGGGCUUACUUGGGAGGAAUACAAAUCCAUGACAUUCACAUUUCAGUUUAUCAAUGAAACGGCGAGACUGGCAAAUAUAGUUCCAGGAAUCUUUCGAAAAGCACUAAGAGAUAUCCAGUUUAAGGGAUAUACCAUUCCAGCAGGCUGGGCUGUUAUGGUCUGCCCUCCAGCCGUGCACUUAAACCCGGAAAAGUACGUCGAUCCCCUUGCUUUUAACCCGUGGCGAUGGGAGAAAUCUGAACUGAAGGGAGCCUCUAAACAUUUCAUGGCUUUUGGUGGGGGCAUGAGGUUCUGUGUUGGUACAGAUUUUACCAAAGUUCAAAUGGCUGUGUUUCUCCAUUGUCUGGUUACAAAGUACAGGUUCAAAGCAAUCAAAGGAGGCAACAUCGUCCGAACUCCCGGUUUACAGUUCCCGGACGGCUUUGACGUUCAGAUCAUGGAGAAAUAACAAAAAAACCUUCAAGAAGAAGAUAAAGAGAAGUAGCAAGACAUUGGAAUGCAUGAGGUGAGCAUCAAUUUUGUAUGAGAACCAGACGUAUCUUUUUGAUCCAAACAAAGGAAAAUUGUGAAGUAAAGAUGUUGAAAGCAAUGAAGCUGCGUAGUAUUACAAGUCUGUAAUCUUCACAAAGCAUCAUAGUCAGUAUUAUCAUUCAUUUUGUUCAUCUUUAUUACUUCUUUUUGUCUUUGUCCUGAUAGUACAGUCAUAGAAGGGGAAAGAAAAUGAAAGCCAUCCAUAUAGUAUAGCCAGUCUUAUCAUAUUGUAUGCCUUGUUAUAAUGUAAAAUUUACUUCCAUUUUGUGUAAUGGUGAAUGCUUGUGUUUUGGUGUUGAAGCACCACUACUCAUACAAAAUAUGAAUUUUGUGCAGCCCUUUUGUUA